AUGAACGCUUCCCGCUACCUGCGACCCGUCGCCAGGGUUUCUCUCCAGACGUCAACGCUGCCGCGCAUCGCCCGCUGCUACAGCUCCAAGACCUACGAUUACAUCCAGACCUCAAACCCCAGGCCUGGAGUCGGCCAAGUGACACUGAACCGCCCCAAGGCCCUCAAUGCCCUGUGCACGCCCCUCAUUACGGAGCUUAACCAAGCCCUCAACGAGUUCAACGCCUCAGAUGCAACCAAUGCCAUUGUCUUGACCGGCUCCGAAAAGGCCUUUGCCGCCGGCGCCGACAUCAAGGAGAUGGCCCCCCUCUCCUUCUCCGAAGCCUACACCAAGUCCUUCAUCGAGUCCUGGUCUUUGUUGACCACCCAGAUCAAGAAACCCAUCAUCGCUGCUGUCUCGGGCCACGCCCUCGGUGGCGGCUGCGAGCUGGCUAUGAUGUGCGACCUCAUCUACUGCACCGAAAAGGCCAACUUUGGCCAGCCCGAGAUCAAGCUGGGCACGAUCCCUGGCGCCGGUGGCAGCCAGCGCCUCACCCGCGCCAUCGGCAAGGCCAAGGCCAUGGAGCUGAUCCUCUCCGGUCGGUCCUUCUCUGGCGCUGAGGCCGAGCAAUGGGGUGUCGCAGCCCGCACAUUCCCUACCCACGAGGCCCUGAUGGAGGAGACACUCAAGCUCGCCGAGACCAUCGCCGGCUACUCCAAGGUUGCAGUACAGGCUUGCAAGGAGGUAGUCAACAAGAGCCAGGAUCUCCCCUUGCGAGACGGUGUCGAGUUCGAGCGUCGCGUCUUCCACAGCCUGUUUGGCAGCCAAGAUCAGAAGAUUGGUAUGAAGGCGUUUGCGGAGAAGAGGAAGGCCGAGUGGUCGCACUCUUAA